AAACAAACCUUCUCUAUUCGACAUUCAUUGAGGAGGAAGUGUUGUCGAGGACAAAUUACGAUGCCGCCUAAGAAACGGACUUCGGACGCGAGCGCUCCAACCCCUCAAGCCAAAACGAGGAAGAGCAAUUCAGGCGCGACCCUGCCCGACGCAGCUUCGAAAACCACGACAAUAGCGGAAACCUCGACCACAGCAGACGCGGCCACAACAGCAACCCUUGAGGCUUUUGAACGCAGACUCGACGAAAAAUUGAAUGCUUUUCACAACACGUCCACGCAACAUGCAAACAAGCUGGAACAAAUUCAUGACAAGCUCGAAGACACAAUUGCGAGGCUAGAUGACAAAUUCAAAGCUCAGACCGACGAGCUAAAGUCGGUUAUCCAGACGUUGACCUCGAAAGGCCUCGAAAGCGUUGCUGAUCCUUUCCCUAAUGCUGCCAGAGACAACAGUGUGGAGAUCUUGGGUGAUGGCAACAACAAUAGCAAUAACGAAAACAACGACCAUGACAGCGACAAAUCCGGAGAUGGCUCAGAGUAUGGGUCGGGCGAGAUGCUCGGAGGCGAUGGUAAGCCAUUGAAAGACGAUGAGCUUAGUGAUGAGAAACUUCGUGACGAUCCGCAUACAUUCAUCGUCAUGUGUGUGCCUCUUUUUGAGUACGAAGAACGCUAUAAGAAGGAGCACAAGACAAAUUUCAGACACCCAUCGCAAGACGACAUGCCCAAGGAGGAGUGGUACAGGCUAUGCGAUGCUCAGGACGAGAGAAAGGCCAAUGUACGCAGAGAAUGGGCUGAUACGCACAACAGCAGGCAGUGUGCUUGCUUCAAUCCUAGUAACGAGAAGAACCGUUGGUUCAUGACACGCAAAGGAAAAUAUCGCAUGGUGGAGGCCGAAACUCGCGAGAUACCUCAUCGAGACGCUGAAGCAUUCGGACUGAGUGUCUAUACCGACAACCGGGGUUACUCAUAUCAGGAAAUCAUCGAGAAUGAUUUGCUUGAAUUCAGCAAAAUCAACAACAAGCGCGACGGCAAGACGGAAGAACUCUGGUCUAUCAUGGAAGGCUUGACCCUUUGGAUCAACAAGGACAAUGCGGACGAUAUUGCUUUCACUUGGGCUAACCUCGAAGAUGGUGCACGUUGGAACAAAACCACCAUCACGAUGGGCUACGCUUUCCUGGCUGUUCUGAACCGUAUCGACCGCGAAGGCGAGUUCAAGGCAGAUUCCAAGUACAAGAAUCUGUCAUUGAUGCUGGCCCUAUGGUACAAGUUUGCCUGGAACUACGACGCCAAUAUUACCGACGAAUUUGACGAGGACACCGAUUACGGCGAAGAGAAAGAAGGCGACGACCAUUUGACAAAGUACCAACACGUAUUUAACCUGACAUGGCCACGCUAUCUACUGGCAAUGGCUCAACAGUACGACGUACCCAUCGCUGGCGUCACAGAAAUCGAAGAAUCCGUCAAGAAGGACUUAGAGUCUAUCAAAGGUUUGAAGCUGCCCAAGAAGAAGGUCGACAGAUUCAAGUUCAAAGAUAUGCUUGCCAACUUCAAGUUCGACUAUGGAUCGGUCAUGGGAGGUCACCAUUACGAUGUGACAAGGAUGACUAAAGCCGCACGUAUUGAAUCCUCAUAUGAUGGCAAAGACCCGCUGUCUGCUGAGGAUAUUGAUGCUCUCAAGAAGGGAGGCCGCAUCGGGUUCGGAUACUCUUGAUCGAUCAAUUGAUCUUAACAACGACAACAUGAGCUCUAGCAGCAACUUGCGACUAGGGAAAGAACAACCAGUCUCCCAAGAGGUCAAAGCUUACUACAUGUCAUAACUCCCUCAUACACCCGUCCUUUCCCACCACACCAUCGCUGCCGCCUACAUUCCC